AGAUCAUGCGCGUCAUGUUCCAGCGCGACGUGCUCGUGCUCCUGCUCGCUGACGGCGUUAUGUGUGGCCUGACUGGUGUGAGUUGGGUGGUGCAGGCUGGGUUGGUCAGGCGCGGGUGGGUGAGGUGGGAGGGGUGGGGGUGGGUUUUGCAGAAUGUCUGGCAGACCGCCUUCAUCGGCGGCGUGGUUGGCCUGACGCUGCUGCGGGACUGGCCCUGGACGCAUACCGUGUUCUUCGUGCUGCAUGGGCUCGUUAUGCUCAUGAAGCAGCACUCGUAUGCCUUCUACAACGGGUACCUGUCCACGGUGUACAGGCAGCGGGAGCAGCUGCUCGCGAAACUCAAGCUGCUGGAAAGCAUCUCGCCCGUGUCCUCCCCGUCGAAGACAGCGCCGCCGGUGUGUGAUAUCAGCACGUCACAUCUCGCCAAGAUCCCAUCUGCCAAGGGGUAUGAGCAGCGCCGCCGGUCCGUCUCGGAUGAGAAGGCGCCGGACAUCGACAGGAUCGUUGCCGCCAUCGACUCGGGCGAGCCGCUGGACCAGGAGCAGGUGCAUGUCUUUGAGCGCGUGCUGAAGUGGGAAGUCGACGCGCUCUCGGACGAGCUCAGGGGCAAAUCGACGAAACCCGGGCGCGAGUAUCCCAACAACCUGACGCUGCGCAACCACUACGAGUACAUCGUGCUGCCGACGGUGGUGUACGAGCUCGAGUACCCGCGCUCCGAGUCGAUCAACUGGUACUACGCGGCCGAGAAGGCGGCGGCCUGCUUCGGCGUCAUCUUCGUCAUGAUCAUGAUCUCGCAGGCCUUCAUCUACCCCGUCGUCAUGGACACGGUCCGCAUGAAGGAGGCCGGGGUGCCGCUGGCCGACCGCUUCCGGCAGUUCCCCUGGAUGCUGCUCGACCUGAUCUUCCCCUUCAUGAUGGAGUACCUGCUGUCGUGGUACCUCAUCUGGGAGACCAUCCUCAACUUCCUGGCGGAGCUGACCUACUUUGCCGACCGCAGCUUCUACGACGCCUGGUGGAACUGCGUGUCCUGGGACCAGUUCGCCAGGGACUGGAACCGGCCGGUGCACAACUUCCUGCUACGCCACGUCUACCACAGCUCCAUCUCGGCAAUGAAGGUCGACAAGCACACCGCCACGCUCAUCACCUUCUUCUUGUCGGCCUGCGUGCACGAGCUGGUCAUGUGGUGCAUCUUUAAGAAGCUGCGGGGAUAUCUGCUGUUCCUGCAGAUGUGCCAACUGCCGGUGCGUCUUGAUCGCCCUUCCCCGCUCUCUUCUCGUGUUGUGUUUUUUGCCGGCUGUGAUGUUCGCCGUUGAGCUGCUGACUCGCCGUGCCUGCGCCAGCUGGUGAAGCUGAGUAGGACGAAAUGGCUUCGUAACCGCGAGAAUCUGGGUAACGUACUGUUUUGGCUGGGCAUCUUCACCGGUCCGAGUGUCCUCUGCAGCUUGUACCUGAUCCUGUGAGACUUGAAGACCAAAGCCAAUGAGAAUUGUUGUCUCCUCGCUCAUUUUCCUCCUUCUCCUAUUCUUCUGAGUGCUGCAGCGAAGUGAGGGCCAUGCAGGAUGCAAAGACAUGUGUACUAAGACAGGUGCUCCUCACAUGCAGAGUGGGAGGAGCACCGAGGUGGCAU